AUGGAGCUUCAGAAUGUAAAUAAAGAUGCCUGUGUGAUGGAUGUUACAAAUGAGAAGCAUUUAGCUGUCUCCAUGGCGAAGGAAGUAAGCGAGUCUGUUGUAGUGUUGCAGAUAAAAGAACUGGCAUCAGAAGGGCUUGCAGAUGAUGUUCUGUUAAAAAUAAUUGAGCAAGAUGAUCUAGGUGACAGUUCUGCUGGAAGUGUGACAGAUGGAAAUACUGCCACCACAGCUGUCUGGAAUGUUGUAAAUGGUUAUGUGUCAUUUUUGAAUAUCAACUGCAAUAAAGUCAUUUUAUAUCUGCCCCCCACCCCCUUUUUUUUUUUGUCAAAUUGUGAAAGGAUUGCAUACAUUGAAUUCAAAACAGAAGCUGACGCAGACAAAGCAUUGGAAGAUAAUCAAGGAGCAGACUUAAAAGGGAGAGCAAUGCUUAUUGAUUUUAUUGGAUCGAAAAGUCAGAAUGUGUCCAAAAGGAAAGAACCCUACCAGUCUGGCAAGGAAUCCAAGACUGUCGUCAUAAAUAAUUUGGCAUAUUCUGCCACAGAAGCAAGCAUUCAGGACAUAUUUGAGAAAGCAUCCUCUAUUAGGAUACCACAGAAAAAUGGAAGGCCAAAAGGUUUUGCAUUUGUGGAUUUUGAAACUGUGGAAGAUGCCAAAGAGGCUUUGGAAACCUACAACAACACAGAAAUUGAAGGCAGAACAGUCAGACUUGAAUACAGUCAGAGUGAUAAGUCUGUUUUUAAAUCUGGUAAGUUAACUUUUUUCUUCUCCUGUGUUCUUUUCUGCUGUUAUAUUGACUGUUUCAGAGACAUUAUGUCUAAAGAACAUAGGCCCUCAGGGUUCAAACUGAUUCUCCAGCUUAGUAUGUUCGGUUUUAUUUUCUGGUUACCACCUGAAAAACAAAAUUGUUUUGGCAACUUCAGGUUUGGCUUUGUGGACUUCAGAACUGAAGAGGAGGCCAAAGCAGCAAAGGAAGCUAUGGAAGAUGGGGAGAUAGAUGGAAGCAGAGUUACUUUGGAUUAUGCCAAGCCCAAAGGUGAAAGCCAAGGUGGUUUCAGAGGAGGUCGUGGUGGCCGCUUCAGAGGAGGAGGAAGAGGUGGUGGAGGAAGAGGUGGUGGACGAGGUGGAGGCGGCGGCAGGGGAUUUGGAGGAAGAGGUGGCGGUGGAGGCUUUGGUGGCGGCUUUAGAGGAAGACAUGACAAUACACCCAGAGGAAAAAAGAUAAAGUUUGGAGACUGAAUUUUUCCUUUGGGGGAAACUCUUGGAAUCUUAAUUUUAUUUUUAUGUUCUUCCAUGCGAUGACAUUGGUCUUAUGGACAUUCCUGACUGAGCUGCAAUUCCCCAUGUAUCAGUAAAAGUGCGAACUUGCAUAGGAAUGCUUUUUGUCAGAAGCCUGACUUGGAAUGUAGACCACUUUUUUCUCGAACUGCCGGGUGGGGAAUGGACUUUAUGGUGCAGUGCCACCUGUGAAAUUGUCGGAUGCAGUUUAUAAAUGUAAUUCAUUUUAAACCGAAUUGUUUUCCUAUAUGAAAUGUAUGUAGUUUUCUGUAUAAAAAGAUUUUAUCGUGGUUUUGAGAACUGUCUCAAGACAGAUUAAAAGGACCUAAACCAGUA